AUGCUUUUGUUGUAUCCAGGCCCUGCUGUCUCCUCGGAGAGUCAACAGUCGGCACUUUUGCAAUCAAUCCAAUGUAUCGAUCCAGAUAUCCUCGCAAUUGACUCCGCAUGGAUCCACAUCAUCCAUCCCCGAUCAGAGCAAUCCUCCAUUCUGCUGAAGGACCCUACCAGCCGAGCUUCCCAAAUUCUUACCAGCUUGCUAGACUACGGCAACGAUCUUCUGUCCGAUCAAUCUCGCAAACGAAUUGGCCAAAUCCUGACCCUACCGCUUGGUUCAUCCUUGCCAAAUGCGUUCAUCGUCCGUUCGAGGCCUGGUACAAUACCACCCUGGUCAUCCAAGGCUACCGACAUCGCCCGUAUCUGCCAGCUUUCUGACCACGUGGAUCGAAUCGAGCGCAUCGCUGUACAUCUCCUCGAAACUGUCAGCGGCCAAGUCAAAGUUUUCGACCAAACCUGGCUUGAUUCCACGAGCCAUCUGGUUCAUGAUAGGAUGACACAAAUCUGCUCGACAUCCCUUUUAUCAUCCGAUGACGCUGUAGCAACCCCGAAAGAAUCUAUCUCCAGGAAACCUUUGAGGACUAUCGACAUCUUCUCCGAUGAUCCAGCCUUAAACUCAUGUGUUGACCUGCAGCAUGCUUGUGCCCGGCUCCAGUCCGCUAAUCAAGAGUUUGGACUUGCUCUGGCACCCGAUGAAAUCAAUUACCUUGCCAAUGCAUUUACUAGCGGCGCAGAUGCUUCUCACCGACGCAAUCCGACCGACGUAGAGCUGUUUAUGUUUGCCCAAGUCAAUUCUGAACAUUGCCGGCACAAAAUCUUCAAUGCCAACUGGACUCUCGAUGGCCUUGCUCGAGAUCGUACCUUGUUCAGCAUGAUCCGUAACACGCACGCCAAGCAACCGAAACACACACUGUCUGCUUAUCACGACAAUGCUGCAGUGGUCGAAGGUCCUGCGGUACCUCGAUUUGGCUUAUACCCUAACAAAGCCUCUGAUGUUCUGAGCGGAAAAUCUUACUCGAGCCACACCGAACCAAUGCCUUUUGUCAUCAAAGUAGAAACUCACAAUCAUCCAACCGCGGUAUCCCCAUAUGAAGGUGCUGCUACUGGCUCUGGGGGAGAAAUCCGUGAUGAGGGCGCCGUGGGGCGUGGUUCGAAGCCGAAGGCGGCCCUUGCUGGGUUUUCGCUUUCCAAUCUGCACAUACCUGGUUUCUCUCAGCCUUGGGAAGUUGAAAACUUCGGCAAACCAUCCCACAUCGCAAGCAGCUUGGAUAUCAUUCUUCAGGCCCCAUUAGGUUCGAGUGCUUACAACAACGAGUUUGGACGACCUGCCCUCUGUGGCUAUUUCCGCACAUUCACCCAACGGAUUCCAGCCCUAACAGGCCCAAACUCUGAGGAAAUCCGUGGCUUCCACAAACCCAUUAUGAUUGCUGGUGGCGUCGGGAACGUCAGACCUCAGAUGAUCAACAAGCGGAAGUUGAAGCCCGAUUCGAAAAUCAUCGUUCUGGGGGGACCAGGGAUGCUGAUUGGCUUGGGCGGAGGAGCGGCCUCUUCAAUCCAAUCGGGUGCUAGCUCAGCCGAGCUAGAUUUCGCCUCCGUUCAACGGGAAAACGCCGAACUUGAGCGCAGAUGUCAAGAAGUAAUCGAUGCAUGUGUCAAUUUGGAUGAAGACGACAAUCCGAUCGAUAGCAUCCAUGAUGUCGGUGCCGGCGGUUUGAGCAAUGCCCUUCCCGAGCUUGUGCACGACAGUGGAUUGGGUGGCCGUUUUGAACUCCGGGACAUCAAGAUCGAUGAUGAGACGAUGAGCCCGAUGGAAAUCUGGUGUAACGAAAGCCAAGAGCGUUACGUAAUUGGCUUGACACCCACGGAUGGUGCACUGGCUAAGUUUGAAUCAAUUGCCAAACGGGAACGUUGUCCAUAUUCGGUCGUUGGCAUCACGACGGACUCACAAGAAUUGAUCGUCACCGACCGCCUCUUCAACAACACUCCUGUCCAUCUCUCUAUGGACACUUUGUUCGGAAAACCUCCCAAGGUCGAUCGGAUUUCGUCUACUGCUCGCCCUGAGCGCAAGAAGAUCGAUCUGAUGUCACAAUAUCCGACCGGGAUAUCCAUUUCCGAGCUGAUUGGUCAAUGCUCCACGCGAGUUCUGCAGCUGCCUUCAGUUGCUAGUAAGAGCUUUCUCAUCACGAUCGGUGAUAGAUCCGUUACCGGUUUGGUCACCCGAGAUCAAAUGGUAGGCCCGUAUCAGGUGCCAGUCUCGGACGUCGCAGUCACAAGGACGUCUUACGGCUUUGGUCUCCUUUCGGGUGAAGCCAUGGCGAUGGGCGAACGGUCGCCAUUGAGCUUGAUAUCAGCCGCUAGCUCGGCCAAAAUGGCCGUUGCCGAAGCGCUCACCAAUCUGGUCGCCGCGGACAUCAGCUCACUUGAACAUGUCAAGCUCAGUGCAAACUGGAUGUGCUCAGCCAAUCAUGGUAAUGAAGGCGCGCGGCUCUAUGAGGCCGUCGAGGCUGUGGGUAUGGAGCUAUGUGCCGAAUUGGGUAUCAGUAUACCGGUCGGAAAGGACUCGAUGUCGAUGUCAAUGAAAUGGAAAGAGGAAGGAAAAACCAAAGAGGUUACAGCGCCACUCUCACUCAUUGUCACCGCGUUUAGUCAAGUGUCCUCUGUCGAGAGGACCUGGACCCCAGAGUUGAAGGCAGUCUCGUCGCCGUCAGUGCUGGUAUUGGUCGAUGUCUCCAAUGGACAGUGUAGGAUGGGUGGCUCAGCCCUUGCCCAAGUGCACAAUCAGUUGGGCGACGAUUCACCAAAUAUUGACUGGAGUAGUCAUUUGAAAGGUUUCGUCGAUGGCUGUGUCGAGCUUCAUCGCCACCCCGAGCAGCCGGUACUGGCCUAUCAUGAUCGAUCGGAUGGAGGCCUUUUCGUCAGCUGUGUCGAGAUGAGUUUUGCGGCUCGUUUAGGGAUUCAAUUGGCACUUCCAGCAAGAUCACAGACUCCAGAGGAUAUCUUGUCGUUCCUUUUCAAUGAAGAAGCUGGUGCGGUGAUCCAAUGUGAAGAAUCCAAGGUCUCUUUGAUAGUCGAAACUUUUGCUCGAUUCGGUCUUCCAGCGUCAUCCAUCCACGUAAUUGGAAGAGUCUCUGACGGGUCUAAGAUAGGCGAAGAUCAAACCGUUUCGAUCAAUCAGCUGGGAUCAACCUUGUGGAGUUCCACCCGAUCCGAGCUUCAGUCAACCUGGAGUGAAACAUCUUAUCGCCUACAAGCUAUCAGGGAUGAUCCUGAUUGCGCAAAGGAAGAAUUUGAACUCAUCAAAUCAAAUGCUGAUCAAGGGAUGGUUUAUGAGGUGAAGUGUCCGCUCGAGUUUCAGAUCUCGAAAAGUUCACUGAACGACCGGCCCAAAGUCGCAAUCCUUCGUGACCAAGGUGUCAACGGGCAUCUCGAGAUGGCAUUCGCGUUCACUCAAGCCGGGUUCAAUGCAAUCGAUGUUCACAUGACCGAUAUCAUCAAUAAUGAGAUCUCAUUAGACCAAUUCAGAGGGAUGGUCGCAGUGGGCGGAUUCAGUUACGGCGACGUGCUUGGCUCUGGCAAUGGAUGGGCCAAGUCGAUCUUGCUUCAUGAGGAGACCAAGUCGAAGUUCGAGACAUUCUUCAAACGUUCAGAUAGCUUCAUGUUAGGUGUUUGUAACGGAUGUCAAAUGCUCACCAAUCUAGCCGAAAUCUUACCCGACAACACCAUCAACAACCGAUUGGUUUCCAUCCGAGAAACCUGGCCGAAGAUGAAGAAGAACAGAAGUCAGCGAUUCGAAGCAAGAAUCUCGAUGGUCCACAUCCCGAAGAAUGAAAUGAAUGAAAGAUCGGUCUUUUUCAGGUCUCUUCAAGGUUCCAGAUUGCCGAUAGCGGUCUCCCAUGGAGAAGGCAGGAUUGAUUUCAGCCAUCUUCAUCAUCAAGAUCAAGAUAAAUUCCUACCGGCGCUUGAAUAUAUCGAUCGAACUCACUUGCAAGCUACCGAAAGCUACCCUCAUAAUCCCAAUGGCUCUGUCAAUGGAGUCACCGGCUUCCAUGCCGGAAAUGGUAGAAUCUUGGCUUUGAUGCCUCACCCUGAGAGGAACAUCACAUUGGAAUCUAUCCGUUGCUUCAAAGUCUCGAGUGGGAAUCUCAAUCAAGACCAUCAAAACCCAAUUUUCGCUUGGUUCAAAAUGUUCGAUGAUUGUCGGAAGUGGUGUGGUUGA